AACGAGAAAUUUCCAAGUAUAAAUAUAGGCCACUUAUCACUUCUUCGAAAACCCUAGAGUUUGAGAAAGGCGGAAACCCUACUUCAGCAAUCGGAGCUUUUCCCGGCCUUUGCUCACUUAAUUCAACAGCCAUGGCCACUGCUAGGACCGUCAAGGACGUCUCUCCUCACGAGUUUGUUAAGGCCUAUGCCGCUCAUCUCAAGCGAUCCGGAAAGGUUGAACUUCCACCAUGGGCGGAUAUUGUCAAAACUGCAAGAUUCAAGGAGCUUGCUCCAUAUGAUGCAGAUUGGUACUACGUGAGAGCUGCAUCCAUGGCAAGGAAGAUCUACUUGAGAGGAGGUCUUGGUGUUGGAGCAUUCAAGCGGAUUUACGGUGGAAGCAAGAGGAACGGAAGUCGCCCUCCACACUUCUGUGAAAGCAGUGGAGCCAUCGCCCGCCACAUUCUACAACAAUUGCAGGAGAUGAACAUUGUUGAUGUGGACCCAAAGGGUGGAAGGAGAAUUACUUCAAGUGGUCGACGAGACCUCGAUCAAGUUGCUGGCCGGAUUGUUGUUGCCCCAUGAUUAAUCAAUUACCUCUAUUGUUAAAUUAGAGACUUAUGUUUUGCUGAUGAGAAACAAUUUUCUUAUGCGUCAUUAAAAUUUUGGAUUUAGCUGUUGAAAGAUUUUCCAGAUGAAGAUGCUUACUCUUGUUUUUUCA